GAAUAAGCCAUAGGGAAAGGCCAGCUCCUUCGAUACAAUCUAUAGCUGUGGCGCUUAUGUGUUUCGGAGACUUUUGUUCUCCUUAUAUACAAUCUAUAGCUUUUGCGCUUUCUGUUUCGGGGGCUUUUGUUUCUCUCAUUCUACCUUUUUCGCCAUCAUGAUUUCUGCAACUGAGCCCAAAUCCGGUGAUCUUUACAGAGUUGGAAUUUGCUGUGCUCACUGUUAAGCUCUUUGUAUAGCGGUUCAUUCAAACCGAAGUCCACACCAAAAAUCCUGGGAGGUUUGACUGAGGCGCGAUUAUCCAUAGUGGCAGUUCUCUCCAUGAUGUUAUUGUUUGGAAUGGAACCAUGUUAUUUGGCUGUCAGCGCCUCCACAUCUGUGAUUGUUUACAAGAGCUCUGAUCAUUACUAUUUACGUAAUUUCAAUAAAAGUUUUCUUGAAGUCUCAUAUGGGUUUGCAUCAAAUGAUGUGAGUGACGUGAUGGAAACAGAAAGGAUCAAUAUAGCAAAAACAGUUCUUGAUUCAAAUUCAAGACCGGCUGGCACUGAGUUUCGUUCAGGUACAGUUACAAAUGCUGUAAAGCAUGAUGAUGAAGUAGAUGGAGAAUCUGAUGAAGGUUCAUUUUCACUCACAACACUUAAUUUUGAUAAUUAUGUUAAUCAGUUCCCAAUUACAGUUGUAAAUUUCUAUGUACCUUGGUGCUAUUGGUCUCAGCGUUUGGUAAUAAUUUUUAUCAUAAUUCUGUAUCUGUUCAUCAAGAAAUAAGA